ACCCAACCGGAUGUAACCAGUUAACUCGUCCGGCAGCAGAUAGGCCGUUUAGCCUUACAGCUAACGUCGUCUGUACAGUCAAAACCUUACCAUUUUAAUUAUUACUUGAUAUUACUAUUUGGCAACACCAAAGAGCAGACAUGAUUAAAGCCAUCCUGAUAUUUAACAACCACGGGAAGCCGCGGCUGAUCCGAUUCUAUCAGUAUUUUGCGGAGGACAUGCAGCAGCAGAUAAUUCGGGAGACUUUCCAUUUGGUAUCUAAGAGAGACGACAAUGUCUGCAACUUCUUGGAGGGUGGAAGCCUCAUUGGUGGCUCUGACUACAAGCUGAUUUAUCGGCACUACGCAACCCUUUACUUUGUCUUCUGUGUGGACUCGUCUGAGAGUGAGCUCGGCAUUCUGGACCUGAUCCAGGUGUUUGUGGAAACGUUGGAUAAAUGUUUCGAAAACGUCUGUGAACUGGACCUCAUAUUUCACAUGGACAAGGUCCAUUACAUCUUGCAGGAGGUGGUGAUGGGAGGCAUGGUGCUGGAGACCAACAUGAAUGAGAUCGUAGCCCAGGUCGAGGUGCAGAACCGCAUGGAGAAGUCAGAGGGAGGUCUAUCAGCGGCCCCUGCUCGCGCCGUCUCUGCCGUGAAGAACAUGAACCUGCCCGAGAUUCCCCGCAACAUCAACAUCGGAGACAUCAAUAUCAAAGUGCCGAGCCUCUCCCCGUUUUGAGCAGCACUCCCGCUGAGCUCCGCGGGGUCGAUGUACUACUGAUGCAGUUCUCCUCCACCCAGUUCUGUUGUUAAUACAGAGCAAACCGUUUUAUAUGUGUAUCAUGGAACCACGGCUGCUUAUUCUCCCACUCAUUCCUAUCUUCUUACAUCAACGGGAGAUAAGCGGUGAAUUACUUUUGAGUACUACUGUAUACAUGUUACAGAUUGCUCCAGUUGAAGGAUUUGCACAAUAAUGUAAAGUCUAUCAAGUAUCCAGAGGAAUAUUAAUAUCUGUGUAUUUUCUGCUGUUCAGUCUUUUUUUUCCUCUAGCGUUUUCCUUCUCUCUCCAAAAGAAAACUGAACUAUGUUGGCUCACUGUGUAUUUUCCUGCACAACUCUUCCAAAUCUCUGACAUUCAUCAGUGGUCGUCCCGCUCAAGGCUUGAAAACUUUCCCUGACUGGAGUGAGCUUUUGGACUCGGCACAGCUCACUGUAAUAAGAUCUUUCGGCUUCUAUAUUUGGUUAUAAUUACUCAAACACAUCUUUAUCUCCUGUUCAAAGUGUGUCUUCAUACACAUUGGGAUUAGACUGCACUGCUUGUCACAAUUUAUUUUUCCGUCUCUGUAAUAUACUGUGUCUCUGGCAUCUUUGUGAUUUGUGAAUAAUAUUAUUGUUCUCCUGGGUGCAGAAUGUGCUCACUACGGCAAAUGUAAAUUCUGUUAAGUUCUAGCCAAGUUUUAAUGUGCUGUGUUAAGAUCUUGCCUACGUCUGCUCAGAGGCAGGAGAUUAACUUUGACCUUUUUUUGUAUGUUAAAGUGUUUGUAUAAAGUGUGUUUGUGUCUCGUUGACUGUAUUUGGUGGUCACAUAGAUUCAAAGUCAUUUCAGCCAUACUCUGGUAGAGUUUUACCAUUAAGUUCUGUUGAGCCUCUCAAGAAAGGCAAAUGUCUCCGUGUCAAAGACAUUCCUUGCCAAGGUAAAUUAAAUAAACGAAAACCAAAAA